AUGUUGCACUUCAACACCGUUCCCGAAGACUACGUGAGGAAGACCAACCAGUAUGCUCAAGUGGCACUGGCAUGCGGGCGCGCGGCCCACCAGACAGCCGUCCGAGGCGCCACCUCCCCCAACCCUCAGCUCGCUGCUUUGACUCCCAAGGUCCGUGCAUUUGUGGAGCGCUCAGCAGCUCUCUGCCAGCCCGAACACGUCCACGUGUGUGAUGGCUCGGAAGCCGAAGCUGCUGCUCUCCUGCACAUCAUGCAGCAACAAGGCACCUUGAAACGGCUGUCUAAGUACGACAACUGCUGGUUGGCCCGCACCGACCCUGCAGACGUUGCCCGUGUAGAGUCCCGCACCUUCAUCUGUUCCGAGAAGGAGAGGGAUGUGGUACCCAUCGCUCGUGCUGGACAGAAGUCCGCUCUUGGCAACUACAUCGCCCCUGACGAUUAUGAGAAGGCCAUCACUGAGAGAUUCCCUGGAUGCAUGCGAGGCCGCACGAUGUACGUGAUCCCAUUCUCUAUGGGUCCCGUAGGAUCUCCUCUCUCCAAGAUCGGAGUGGAGAUCACAGACUCGCCAUACGUCGUCUACUCUAUGCGCGUCAUGACUCGAAUGGGAGCCAAAGUAUUGGAGGCUCUCCGUCAAGAUGAGCAGUUCGUCCGUUGUCUCCAUGCAGUGGGCACUGGUGGUGGUGUGGCUGGAUGGCCGUGCGACCCUCCUCGCACCAUCAUCCUACACAAGCCCGCUGACAACGAGAUUGUUAGCUAUGGUAGUGGAUAUGGUGGCAACAGUUUGUUGGGUAAAAAGUGCUUUGCUCUCCGUCUGGGCUCCGUUAUCGCACGCCGUGAAGGCUGGCUCGCUGAACACAUGCUGAUUGUAGGCGUAACUGACCCCAAAGGUCGUAAGCGCUACAUCGCAGCGGCUUUCCCAUCGGCCUGCGGUAAAACCAACCUUGCCAUGAUGACUCCAACCCUGCCAGGGUACAAAGUGGAAUGCGUUGGAGAUGACAUCGCCUGGAUGAAGUUCGAUAAGAAUGGCGUGCUGAGAGCUAUCAACCCGGAGAACGGAUUCUUUGGAGUUGCUCCAGGAACGUCUGAAGCGACCAACCCGAUAGCCAUGUCGACAGUAUUCCAAAACACUGUAUUCACGAACGUAGGAGAGACCAGUGACGGUGGUGUUUGGUGGGAGGGCAUGGGCGCUGCGCCUGAAAAGCUAACCGACUGGAAGGGACAACCCUGGGACCCUAGCAAGAAGACCCCAGCUGCACACCCUAACUCUAGAUUCUGCACCCCAGCUGAACAAUGCCCAAUUAUUGAUGAUCAAUGGGAGAGUGCUGAAGGAGUACCGAUAUCCGCCAUCUUGCUUGGAGGACGUCGUCCUGCUGGCGUGCCAUUAGUGGUCGAGUCUAGGAACUGGCAACAUGGUGUGUUUAUGGGAGCUACCAUGAGGUCUGAAGCUACUGCUGCAGCUGAACAUGCGGGCAAAGUAGUAAUGCACGAUCCGUUCGCCAUGCGUCCGUUCUUUGGCUACAACUUCGGCGAGUACCUGAAGCACUGGCUGUCUAUGCCCCAGGCUGGUCGCCAGAUGCCCAAGAUCUUCCACGUCAACUGGUUCCGCAAGAGUGAUGAGGGCAAAUUCCUCUGGCCUGGAUUCGGAGAGAACUCCCGCGUCCUUGACUGGAUCCUCCGCCGCUGUGACAACGAGACAUGCUACACUGAGUCUCCACUUGGAAACAUCCCCGCUGAGGGCGAUCUCAACACACAGAACCUUGGUGCCAUCGACAUGAAGAGCCUGUUCAGUAUACCCAAGGACUUCUGGCUCCAAGAAGCGGACGCCAUCGAAAAGUAUUUCAAGGAAGAAGUAGGACAAGAUUUGCCACAAGAAAUGUGGGACGAACUAAACAAAUUGAGGAACAACGUGCAGCAAUCUUAA